GACAGUUGAAGCAUAUAAAAAAAGAGAGCAUUAUUACACACACACUGCUGCUGGUUCCUCUCGGCAGAAACUUGGCUGCGUUUGACUUUUUUUUUUUUGCAGUAGCAUCGCGACAGAGCUGCAAACACCAUGACAGACCAAGCCUUUGUCACAUUAGCCACAAAUGAUGCCUAUGGAAAGGGAGCCUUGGUGCUUGGAACAUCGCUGCGGAACCAUAGAACUUCAAGAAAGCUGGUGAUCAUGGUUUCACCUCAGGUCUCUGAGCCCAUGAGGGCAGUGCUUAAGAAGAUCUUCGAUGAAGUAAGGCUAGUGGAUGUAUUGGACAGUGGAGAUUCGGCACACUUGGCCCUAAUGCAGAGACCAGAGCUGGGUGUUACAUUGACUAAGCUUCACUGUUGGACUCUAACCCACUACUCCAAAUGUGUAUUUAUGGAUGCAGACACAAUGGUUUUGUCAAAUAUUGACGAGCUGUUUGAGCGAGAAGAAUUAUCGGCUGCACCAGACCCCGGCUGGCCAGACUGUUUUAACUCUGGAUUAUUUGUAUUUCGACCUUCCAAUGAAACCUACAAUAAACUCCUACAGUUUUCUUCAGAAAAAGGAAGCUUUGAUGGUGGGGACCAGGGGAUUCUGAACAGUUUCUUUAGCAACUGGGCAACAGCAGACAUCCAAAAACAUCUACCAUUUAUUUACAACCUGAGCAGUAUAGCCAUAUACUCCUACUUGCCAGCAUUUAAACAGUAUGGUGCAGAAGCCAAGGUGGUCCACUUCCUGGGAACAGUCAAGCCAUGGAAUUGCAGAUAUGACUCCAAAACAAAGAGUGUGACUAAAGACAGCCAGGAUCCACCCAUGCUUCAUCCGGAAUUCCUGAACAUGUGGUGGGACAUAUUCUCUACGUCCAUUCAGCCUCUGCUUGCAGAACAUGGCGUGGUGAUCCAUUCGGAGCCUGUGUGCCAAUCGCUAUCCAAUCUGGUUUCUACACUGGCAUUCUCUUGUGGCUUCUGUAGUGAGGAUGAAGCUACUGAAGCAGUAUCUCGUAUCCACAUAGGUGCACCCCCACCUCCCCCUCCCAUGUCCUCUGCAGAACGCAAGCAGAAGUGGGAACAGGGACAAGCAGAUUACAUGGGAGCUGACUCCUUCGACAAUAUUCAGAAGAAGCUUGAUGCCUACCUAAAGUAAAAUGUAGUCUCUCAAACUUGGUGAACUUUCAGCUGUACAGGAAAUGAUUCCAAAAUUUAUGUAAUUUCAGAAUUACGGUCCAUAUGCUUCUACUCGCGGACUGAUUGUUUACCGAGGUUACUGUAGGUAAAACAGGACGGACUUUGUAGUGUGUUUUUUUUUUUUCUUGUGUUCUAGUGUUUCAAACACCUUUUGGCAUGGCUGUAUCAAACUAAUGCCAUUUUUAAAGUAGCAGUUAAGUAGUUAACUUUAGGCUGUUUAAAUUUAGUGCCCUAGAUCACCUGAAAGGUACAGUUUUUCACAGCUGUUAGCUGUACCAGGCAGCGAAGAAUUUAUCAACUUUGGAAAUGCUACUUGACAGUUCAGUAACUUUGUUAAUUUAUGUGCCAGUGACUCCUCUUUAUUGGUAAUUGUCAUCCUGUUUUUUCUUUAUUUUCUGUAUAAAUAUUGUAUUGGGUAUCAGUUCAAAGUACAAUCCUAUCCUCAAGCUAGUGUUUCCUCUAGAUCUAAAAAUUGUUUCAGAAUAUUGCAUCUUUUUCAAUUUUUUUAAGGCUUUACUCUUUGUUACAAAAGGGAACAGAGUGGCUUAAAUUUAGAUUAAUCUAUUCUGAUUUGGCUGUUUUGCAGACCUCAAAUUUGGUAACUGUCACUUGCCAUGAUAUCUUCAGUAUUAAUGUAAAAUUGGAACUUGCUGUUAAGUCUACUUUUGUAAAUAUUUUGCAUGUUUUAAGCUGGUUUGACACUUGCUCCAUGUAAAGCACAUUCAGUACUUAAGCUACUAGGAUUUACUAACGUUACUAGUGAAUAUGCAAACCUAAAGGACAAACUUUACUGCUGCCUUGGGCUUAAUCUACUGUUUACAAGACAUUUUAACUAUUGCACUGACAUAGGGCCAGCUGAGGUAUAGCCAUUGACUAAUUAACUUGCAGUUCUUACCUUUUUGCAAAUCUCUUUUCAUGCAUUGAUCAAAUGAACAUCCAGUAUUGCAUGGGCCUUUUUUAAACUGCAAAACACUCCAACUUCAAAAUGUGUGGUCAAGGUUGUCUCAUGUUACAUAUUUGUCAGGAGUCUUAAGUAUUCACUGAUGUAUCUAUACUGGCACUUAAGGGAAAGCUUGUGCAGCCAUUAAGUUUAUCAAAGUCCAAUGGCAUUACAACUGAACUGCUGCAUGUUUCCUGUACCAUGGCACUUUAUCUGCAAAAUUAAAAAAAAAACUAGUGAUGUGAAACUA